GCCUUCGUGCAUUUGCACUUUGGCAUUGUCAGUUGUGAUUGGUGAGCAACUGCAUGCAGUUAUGAAUCUGCGAUGGCCAAAGUGCGGCAUAAGAUAAUGGCAACACUGUGGUUGUUGAUUGUGGGUUUCCUUGGUGGUUUCUCAGCUUUUGGAUUGAGUCUGGGCAAUUCAAAACCCUAUGCCAGGGUAUUGAUAUCAAGUGAUGGAGCAAAACUUUUGCAAACCCAAACGGAAGAGCCCACAAUAAUAGAUUAUUACAAGGAGCAUCCAUUUCUUAAAAGUCGAUUUGAGAUCGAAAAAUUAGAGGAUUUGCCGGAAAAUGAACAACUUGAAAUUCGUGUCAAACCUCAAGUGUAUGGGGCCAAGAGUGGGAACAGUCAUGAUCCAACCCCUUCUCCCCAAGUAAUUAUUCGUCCCAUUUCCACCAGACAACCCCAGGUACGAGAAUCCCCAAGAAUCAUCGGAAACCAGCUUGAAGCUUUUGGGAAUAAACAAACAGAGGAUGGUUCUCGUGGUAAAAUUAAAACCAAAAACCCGCAUUUUAAAACGGUUGACAAAGCAACAGUUGCAUUUAAUCAAAUACCGAAGUUACGACCGAGGCCCAUGUUGUUAUUGCCAUACACUCCGAGUGCCUCACUUGUGACAACACCAUCAGCCAGGGAAAACAGCACGAAAGGACUCCUUUUCAAAACAGACACACCUAUUUUUCCAAAGUACUCUACGGUCAAUCCUGUACCUUUGGUCUCCACACAAUCUGCCCCAACAACAACUGUCACACCUAGCUCUGUUAUUGUAGCAAAUUCAUUCAGAUUCACUGCACUUUCUAAUACUAUGAAGACCAUGACAACCAGAACACUUUUCUCCGUGAGCCCAAGAGUAGCAACCUCGACCCCGCUUUUUAUGGUGCAAACAGACAGGGCACAAAUACCCACAUCAGACCCAUCUGUCUUUAGGAGCACAACUCUAGAAGAAACGGCAUUUUCAACAAGAAGGAAACAACCUGGCACCAUUUCCACGUCUAAAAGUGCUGAACAAUUAGUUCCUAUUUCAACAGCAACCACAUCAAGGAUAUCACCCAUACCAACCACAACUUCACUUAGAGGAACUCCAAUGGUUAGAGUUGAGAUCGAACCAACCACUAGUCCCCCUUCAGUUGUCAAUAAACGCCCAACAACUCAGAGCGCAUUAAGUAUUAUUGACCAAUUUAGCACGCCCUUUACCGUUUUUAGUACCCAAUCUAUUUUGUCCCCAUCACCUAUUGCGACAGCAACACAGAUAACACUUCAAUCAAGCACGGCCACGGCAACGGCAAUAACAACAGCAACACUAAGGACAAGAUCAACUGAUAGACCAUUUACAACACCAACAACACCAACAAUGAUAACAACCACAGUGCCAACAACAAACUCACCCACAGAUAUAUCAAAUGCAACCAGAGCGACAACUUCACCUUCAACUAUUCUUACUGCUUCUACAAUAGCAACAUCAAUAUCAAACACUGCCUCAUUGACACCAUCAACACCACUGUCACCAACAACAACGCCGCCGCCGCCAUCGACAACAACAACAGGAGGAGCAGUAACUGCGUCAACAACGAUGACGGCGGCACCAGCUGCAACAAUGGCAACAACACCGAUUACAACAUCAACAACAACAAUAAGAACAACGAUUACGACAACAACAACAAUGCCUACUACUACAAGAACAACAACAACAACAACAACAACGACGACGACGACGACGACGGAGGCAACCACAAUCCCUGCUGUUCCCGUUGAGCUUACUCAAGAUUUGUGCCUUACCCCUCUCAGGACUUGUGAUCAAUCCAUCACGGCCAGAAGUCUUCCUUAUGAGAGGAGCCUAGAGAUUUUACAAAACGAGGAGUACCUAGAGGCUACUGACCUCGGUGUGGUGCGUCGUCGAUUUAAAAGAGGAGGUUGUGGCGGUGAAAGUGAAGUCCUCAGACCCAACAUGAUGAACAUUGGCAUGGGGACAGCCGGGUUAAUAGGUAUUGCAGGCCUGGCCAGUCUAGUCAUGACCCCACCCGCUGCCCCUCCGCCUCCACCACCUGCUCCCGCGGCAGCGGCAGGAGCCGCAGGAGCAGCAGGAGCAGCUGCCGUGGCCACAGCAGUGGGAUUAGCUCCAGCCAAUGUCCCACAACCAGGCACGCCAGGAGGAGGCGGACCACCCGUGCCGGACUCUCCCACCAGCAUCCUGGCUUUAUCUUUGGUACCCGCUGGUCUUGCCCCAGUAGCAGUUUUUCCACCGUUUACCACCGAUCGCACUAAUACCGCAGUGGGCGUCAUUUUUUCAGAGAGUGAUGCCACCUCCUUGGCCAGUGCUGGUACGGGAAAUCGGAGGUUCUUGGUCCGGCGUCGAUUCCGUCGCCAGUUGCCAGAGACUUUUCCAUGGCGAAUUCGAUCCGCAUGGAACAAAUUGCAAUACCGAUUAGGACGAAAAGUGGAGGGAAUCACAAAAUUUAAUCAAAAAAUCAAAAACAAAAUUAGAGAUAAGAUUUUUGGCCCUCCCGUGAUUGAAUACUAUUUUGAGGUCCCAGAGACUCCUCAGAAACAGACAGUCGAGCGCGUGUAUGGACUCCGUGUCCUUGUUACUGUCGUGAGUGAGCCAUGUAUUCUAGGUGUGACCUGUGACAUGGAUGGCAAUAAAUUGGUGGCUGGAGUGAAUGCCACAAAUCCUGAGCUGGCUGAAUCAGUGCAGAAUUUGGAUCUCUCCGAAUUCUUUGCCCAGGUGAAACAAAACGCCUCGUUACGGAAGAACAUGACCCAAACAAACACAUUCAACAAUCAAAAUACUUUCAAUUCCGACCCAGAUUCGGUGCCAAGCAAUCAAAGCGUGAAUAGUCCACUGAAUCCUCAGCUUUCGUCAGAAUCUGACCUGCCAUUCAUCUACAAAAGAUUUCAUUCGCAAGUCUACUCAAAUCAUGUUGGUCGUAGUAGCAAGGAGGAUCCAUACUUGGAUGAACCCACCAAUGCUCAUCAAGGUCAUUUGGAUGACAUGGAACCCAUCCAAUCACGUUUCUCUUCCAUCAACUCCCAAUCAAUGUCCUAUCAGCUUCGGCAAGAUGAGAAAUGGAUUCCACUGCAAAGUCAUCGAACCAAGCGACAAACAGGGGAAGAAUUCGAGUCUGACGCCAUUCCCGAAUGUCGAGUGGAGACACCGCCAAAUUGCACUUAAACAUGAAUUAACUAGGAGUCAUUUGCCUUUUCAUCUAAACUAAACUAUGUGCAUAACAAUAAAGCUCUAUUUAGCG